CUAAAUGCAUCGAUAAAUUUAUCUCGUUACGUGUACAAGAAUAUGACAAUCCUUCAAAUGCUCAGCCAAUAGAUCCACGGUUACAAGACGUUGUUGAACGAAUGUUUCAACGAUGUUAUGAUGACGGGGAAUUUAAACAAGCAAUUGGUAUCGCAUUGGAAGCCCGUAGAUUAGAUGUCAUUGAAGAGGCAAUAAGCAAAGGCCCGUCUUCUGAACUCUUGGCCUAUGUUUUAGAUUUGAGUAUGACAUUGGUUCUCAAUUUAGAUUUUAGAAAUAAGGUUCUAUGGUUGUUGGUAAAAUUAUAUCAAAACCUUGCGGAACCUGAUUAUAUAUCAAUCAGUCAAUGCUUUGUACAUUUGAAUAAUUCUUCAUCGGCUGCUAAACUAUUACAAGAUCUUGUUACAAAAUGCGAUGAUGCUUUAUUAUUGAUGGCUUAUCAAAUUGCAUUUGACCUUGAAGAAAACGCUACUCAAGAGUUUCUUCAAAGAGUUAUAAAUGAAUUACCUGUUGGCUCAACAUCAUCAUCUACUCGUAAUGAAAAACAAGAUGGUGAAGCUAUGGAAACUGACGAAACUGAGUCUGCUAGUCAACCGGAUGAAAAAUACGUCCGUAUUCGUAAUAUAUUGUCUGGGGAAGAAUCUAUCAAAUUACACUUGGAAUUUUUGUAUCGAAAUAAUCAUACCGAUUUACUUAUUUUGAAAAACACUAAAAAUGCAUUAGAAUCUCGAAAUUCUGUGUAUCACUCUGCUGUUACAUUUGCCAACGCGUUCAUGCACGCUGGAACAACAAGCGAUGAAUUUCUUCGUCAAAAUCUUGAAUGGCUUUCGCGUGCCACAAAUUGGUCAAAAUUCAGUGCUACUGCAGCUCUUGGUGUAAUACACAAAGGACAUUUAUCUCAGGGACUCACUUUACUGCAACCAUAUUUACCACAAGACGGUGUUAAUGGAAGUUCAUAUUCAGAAGGUGGCUCGUUAUUCGCUCUGGGAUUAAUUCAUGCGAAUCAUGGUGCCGGUGUAUUGGAUUAUUUACGAAAUGCACUAAGAAAUACACAAACUGAAGUUCUUCAACAUGGUGCUUGCUUAGGUCUCGGUGCAGCUGGGAUGGCAACCGAAAAUAAUGAAAUAUAUGAUCAACUUAGAGAGGUUCUCUUUAGCGAUAGUGCGGUUGCAGGAGAGGCCGCUGGAUUGGCUAUGGGACUUGUCAUGCUUGGUACCGCUUCAAAAAAAGCAAUAGAAGAGAUGCUACAAUAUGCACACGAAACUCAGCAUGAAAAAAUUAUUCGAGGGUUGGCAAUCGGUAUUUCGCUGAUAAUGUAUGGUAAAGAAGAAGCUGCUGAUGUAUUAAUUGAAACACUUAGUCAAGAUAAGGAUCCAAUUUUACGAUAUGGUG